AUGUUCUUCUGUUUAGCGCAGAUGCUUGUAGUUUCAUUGUGUUUCAACUUUGUACGAAUUUUUCAGAUUAUAUUGACGGAGAAAGCUAAUAAAGAAGCUUUAUUGCCUGUGAUAUUUGCAAUUAUUUUAAUAUUAUAUAUGUUCCUAUCAAAUUUUAUUGGACAAAAUAUAACGGAUCACAAUAAUUACGUAUUCGCUACUGUAUACAGAAUUGAAUGGUAUAUAACUCCUUUAUACAUCCAGAAAAUGAUACUCUUCCUAUUGAUAAAAGGUGCCAAAAAUUUCUAUCUGAGUAUCGGUGGAUUAUUUGACCCAUCAUUAGAGUGUUUUGCCACGUUGGUAAAAGCUUCAGUAUCUUAUUUUACUGUCAUAUUAUCUACACAGUGA